UCGAGGUGAAAGUGCAAGCUGCCAUUUUUCGGUACGAGUCAAUUUGGUGAGUUUUAAGCGCCCAAAGCGUCGUGUGCGCCUCACCCCCAGACCUCUGCGGGUUUGCUUCAUGUUCCGCUGCGUCGGGACACCUUCAGCACGGAUAUAACGGAGGCCCGGGGCGUUUAAAGUGUGUUUCGGGGGCGGACUCGCUGCUCUGCAGAUGGCUGCUUAGCGCGGUGCUAACGUUAGCUGCUAACGUUAGCCGCUCCUGUAAACAAACCGUGCAAAGGAAACAGCUGCUGGUUUAAUAACUCACAAAACACAGGGCCGCUCGGUGCUUUAUCAGGGAGACAACACGAAAUCUGAAGUAUCGUCUUCUGGAUACCGAGAAGCUGCAAGCAAGUUAGCCUCUCAACUCCAGUUUUGAUGACACUGCGAGUUUCUCCAAAGUAGCUCGGGGCAGAGUUGCUUUUGAAGCGGGUCGGAGGGACUCUCGCUACGGCAUGUCUUCCUUCUCCGAGUCGGCCCUGGAAAAGAAGCUGUCUGAGCUGAGCAGCUCGCAGCAGAGCGUCCAGACACUGUCUCUGUGGAUCAUCCACCACCGAAAACACUCGGCUCUCAUCGUCAAAGUGUGGCACAGAGAGCUGAAGAAAGCCAAAAGCAACAGGAAGCUGACCUUCCUUUAUCUGGCCAACGAUGUUAUCCAGAACAGCAAGAAGAAGGGACCGGAGUUCACCAAAGACUUUGAGUCUGUGCUCGUCGAUGCUUGCUCCCAUGUCGCCAGGGAAGCAGACGAUGGCUGUAAAAAGCACAUGGAGAGACUUCUGAACAUCUGGAAGGAGAGGAGCCUCUACAGAGCUGACUUCAUUCAGCAGCUCAAGCUUGCCAUAGAAGACUCGAACAGCCCGAGACCCUCAGAAGACAAGAGGGCUGUGAAACGAAGCUAUCAGAAGAUCCAGGAGGAUGAAGAUGAUGAAGACGACGAUUACAGAAGCCACGUUUCUCCUCGUAACACAGACGCUUCUGCGACUCAGCUGACUGAGGAGCUGGUUAAGGCGCUGCAGGACUUGGAGAACGCCGCGUCGGGCGACGCAGCUGUUCGCCAGAAGAUCGCCUCUCUGCCGCAGGAAGUCCAGGAUGUUUCCCUGCUGGAGAAAAUCACCGACAAGGAGGCAGCGGACAAGCUGUCAAAAACGGUGGACGAGGCCUGUCUGCUGCUGGCCGAGUACAACGGGCGGCUGGCCGCAGAGCUGGAGGACCGCAGGCAGCUGGCCCGAAUGCUGACAGAAUACAUCGGCAGCCAGAAGGAGGCGCUGACGGAGAGGGAGAAGAAGCUGGAGGAAUAUAAGCAGAAGCUGGCGAGGGUGACCCAGGUGAGGAAAGAGCUCAAGUCCCACAUCCAGAGUCUGCCUGACCUCUCCCUCCUGCCCAACGUGACCGGGGGCCUGGCCCCGCUCCCCUCAGCUGGAGAUCUCUUCUCCACCGACUGAGAGACUUGUGUCCGGACAGCCUGCUGCCCCUCCCACCUCCCCCCCAGCCAAGCUCAGCCCCUCGUUUGAGUCACCAGAACUUCUCCCAGCCGUAACCUUCAGGCGAGAGGACGCGUGUGGUCAGACCUCCCGGCGUAGGUGCCGUCCCUCCUCCAGACGCAGAGCUGCAGGGCGUGAGGCGGUGGGGGUGACGGAGGACGGCUUAGUCGAAACGCUUCGCAGACAUGAGUGGACUCUCUGUCCGCCUGGACUUUCUUCCCAUGCACCUGCUUUGUUGCAUUAAAGAUUCCACUUCACCAGCUUGGAAGGAGUUUGUUUACCCGAUUGUUUUUAUUUAGUUUUAAAUACUGCAGAUGUCAGAGUGAUUCAGCUGAAGGGGGGGGGGGGGGGGGGGGGGCAGCGCGUCAACAGAAAUGUCCGUUCUCACAACUACAGAUCCUGCAUGAGGUACGGGGGCUGUGCAACAGUUUUCAGCGGGUGUUGGGAGAACGCCGUGGAAAAUCAAGAAAAUGUAAAGUGAGCAAUGAGAGGGGAAAUCUGGGUCAGUGUUGACACUAAUGACUCUGAUUUGCCUUUGUAUUGUGCUGAAUUCCUUCACACCUGAAACCUUUAGCGGAGCGUUGUACGGCGACGUGCCCUGCUGUGUUCUGACAGGUCGUGGCGACACUGUGAGGAGGAGGCACCCUUCAGUCGUUUCAUUUUAUUUCUAGUUUUCACUUGGUUUCAUUUAGUCCGAUAGAUGCUUUUGAUGUGUGUGUGUGUGUGUGUGUGUGUGUUUGUAUGUAUCAUAGUGAAAAAUGUCACACUGGGUUCAGAGUAAAGUCCUUUCAGGUGUUUAUGGAGUGUUUAAUGUUUUUUGUUUUUUUGUCCCGUUAGCCAACAUUUUUCAUAUUUUCAGACUGAAAGCAAACAAGCCUCACAGUUUGUUCUCAUGCUGUCGUUUGGGCAGACGUACCGACUGAUGUAGUGUAAGAAGAAAACUUCAGUUUUACUCAAGAAAUCCAUAUAUUCUGAAGAAAGUUUGCUUUCAAAGGCUCGGGCCCCAUCUGUAGUUGUUGGAGUGACAUAUAUGAAAGACUCCAACCUAAAGUAUUUUCUGAGACGGAAGACCUUGGAAAGAAGAGUCAUAUUGUAGCCUUUUAAAAACUUCAACAAUGACUUAGACAAAAAAAUCAUUACAGGUUGCAUUGAUUGUAUAUUGAUGUGAUAUUUCCCAUGUUAAGACGAUAUUUGGAUGGAUCAGGAAUGACUGGUGUCAUAUUUAACAAUCCUACCUGCAGAUUUCCUGUAGUUAAAUAUAGAGCAGAUUGACUCUUGCAGCCAUUUUCACCUCAUGCUUUCUUUGGUGCGACUGCGAAAUCAGAAGGUUUACGUUGGAGGUUGAGUGGAGUGAAUUUCUUCGAUACUUUUGUCUGUAGUUUCUUUUUCACAGCUUUCUGUGAAGACUCAAAUCAAGCAAACCAAGUUCGUUUUCAUUUGUCCUCAAACAGAUCAGGAAAGCACUGGAUUAUACGUUUUUUG